UCUAUUCACCUCCGCCUCCUUCUCGAGAACCGACAUCGAAAUCGACGUCGACGAAGGUGAGGUGGUGGUGGUGUGUGUAUCCCCCGUUGACGGGGUCUUCAGGAUCCUUUUUCUCUGAUUGACAAUGGCUGAUACUGAAUUUGAGGAAUUUCGCCAUUAUUUUGAGCGAUUGCCUCAACAUUUGAAAGCACCUAUUUCAAAUUAUACCUUGGUCCACGAUGUACUGGUGGAUGAUUCCCCGACAUCGUCACAAGCAAGUGACAAUGAAGACAACAACUCUUGUCCUCGAAUUUCAACUGCAGCAACGGGAGCUGAAGAUUCCGACGAUCAAGAUGAUCAGGAUGCCCAAGGUAUGGGCAUAAAUCAGCAUGACAAUCAAAGUGAUGACAUAUCUGGUGACGACAGUGAAGACUUUGAUCACAAUUCUUCAAUAGUUGCUGACAGUGAUUUUAGCUUGUUCGGUGGACUAAGCAGCAGGACUCGGUACAAUUCCGGAGGUAAAAAUGCAUCCCGAAUAAUAAACAGCGGCCCGCAGAGCGAUUGCUCAACAGUAGUUAGUGAUUCAAGUCUUGCUACUGGAUCAUCAUGCUGGCCUACUCCAGAGCACACGGCCAAUCGACCUGUCAGCAGCGCUAAUGAACGACGUCGGAGACGUUUGCCUGAAAUACCAAAAAGUAACAUUAAUGCCAACAACAAUAAUCAUAAAUCUAUGAUAGGUCAUGUGUCCCUUCAAACAUCUCCUGCUUCACUGGCUGAUGAAUUAGCAGGUGUAUCAGGAGCUACUGGAGCCGGAAGACCUCACUUGAUUCUUCGGAAAUGUCACCCUCGGCUGCUCAACGAGGACUCAUCACCUGACAGCGAGAGAAUGACCACUGACAGUGGACACAGUACUGCUCAUUCGCCUGACAAUGGACCUAAAAGUGUUUCACCUAUUAUGUGCAGUAAUACCUUACAAAAUACUGACUCUGUGUCACCCAGCAGCACUCCAGGAAGUGGAGGAAUUCCUUUCACACAAUUAGAAUUACUGGAAGCAACACAUCGUGGUCUUCAUAAAUUCAUCCCACGACACCAUGAUGAAAUAGACUUGGAAAUUGGAGAUCCUAUUUACGUUCAAAAAGAAGCUGAUGAUUUGUGGUGUGAAGGUGUAAAUUUAAGAACAGGACGUCAAGGAAUAUUUCCAUCAGCUUAUGCAGUAGACAUGGAUUACAGUGACUUUGAUCCGACGGCACCAAAAGUUAAGCGCGAACGCUAUUUGUUAGGCUAUCUGGGAUCUGUUGAGACAUUGGCUCACAAGGGAACGGGUGUUGUUUGUCAAGCUGUCAGAAGGAUUGUUGGUAACACUGCCAGCGAUUCACCGGAAUCCCAGAGUUGUAUAUUAGAAGUUUCUGAUCAAGGGCUUCGUAUGGUUGAUCGCAGCAAACCUAGGCAACGCAAAAAUCGUGGGCCAUGUCAUGAUUAUUUUUAUUCGCUGAAAAAUGUAUCGUUUUGCGCAUUUCAUCCCAGAGAUCAUAGGUAUCUUGGUUUCAUUACUAAACACCCUACAUUGCAAAGGUUUGCUUGCCAUGUAUUUAUUGGACAAGAAUCAACACGGCCUGUUGCGGAAGCUGUUGGACGAGCCUUCCAUCGAUUCUACACUAAAUUUAUUGAGACUGCUUUUCCCAUAGAAGAUAUAUACAUAGAGUAAAUAAAGAAGAAGAAAUCAUAAAAUUAUUUUCAAAUGACUUUUGUUCACGGCACAAUUUUAAUAAAUAAAUUUGCCGAAAAUUGUAUAACAAAUCCUUGUAAAUAAAUUUCCCAUUUUAAAAUAAAUGAAGAACUAUGUAGA